UGCGCGCGGCCGCCGCCGGCGCCUCCCCCAUGCUGCUCGGAGCGUCCUGGCUGUGCGCGUCCAAGGCGGCCGCCGCUGCUGCGCAGAGCGAGGGCGACGAAGACAAGCCGGGAGAGCGGUGGCGGCGGCGGGAGGCGGCCUCGGCCGCGGCGUCUGGCGAGGACAUGGACGAGUCGUCGCUGCUGGACCUGCUGGAGUGCUCCGUGUGCCUGGAGCGCCUGGACACCACGGCCAAAGUGCUGCCGUGUCAGCAUACCUUCUGUCGCCGCUGCCUGGAGAGCAUCGUGUGCUCGCGCCACGAGCUGCGCUGCCCUGAGUGCCGCAUCCUGGUGGGCUGCGGCGUGGACGAACUGCCCGCCAACAUCCUGCUGGUGCGCCUGCUGGACGGCAUCCGCCAGCGGCCCCGCGGUGGCACCAGCCCUGGCGGCAGCCCACCCGCACGCUCUGGCCCAGGAUCGGGGGCGUCCUCUGAGGUCGCGGGUGGCGGGGGCAGCGCGGCGGGCAGCGCCCCGAGCUCCCCAGGCUUCCCCUUGGCCACGGGUAGCGCCACCGCAAGCCUGCGCGAGCUGGCGACCAGCAGGAGUGCGCCCCUGGCAAAGAAUCCUUCCCAGCUUCCUUAUGGCAAAGCCCUCUACAGUUACGAGGGGAAAGAACCUGGUGAUCUCAAGUUCAACAAGGGCGAUGUCAUCAUCCUGCGGCGAAGGGUGGAUGAGAACUGGUUCCACGGGGAGCUGCAUGGCGUGCAAGGCUUCCUGCCCGCCAGCUACGUGCAGUGCCUGCGGCCCCUGCCGCCCACCCCGCCCCAGGGCAAAGCCCUGUACGACUUCGAGAUGAAGGACCAAGACCAGGAUAAGGACUGUCUGACUUUCAGCAAGGAUGAAAUCCUGACUGUGAUCAGAAGAGUGGAUGACAACUGGGCAGAGGGAAUGCUGGGAGACAAGAUUGGAAUUUUCCCCCUCCUCUAUGUGGAGCUCAACGACUCUGCCAAGCAGCUUAUUGAGAUGGACAAGCCCUGCCCAGCUGCUGUGUCUGGCUGCCAUGCCUCGUUGCCCUCCGACCCCGGUGCGGUGGCCAGUGUGGCCCCGGGUCCCACUUUAAGCAGCACAGGGGCAGUCAGUGCCUUUCAACAACGUGUGGACGGCAAGAAGAAUGCCAAGAAACGCCACUCCUUCACCGCGCUGAGCGUGACACACAGGUCCUCGCAGGCUGCCAGCCACAGGCACUCCAUGGAAAUUAGUGCUCCUGUUCUCAUCAGCUCUAGUGAUCCCCGAGCCGCAGCCAGGAUCGGGGACCUGGCUCAUCUGUCCUGCAGCGCUCCCACCCAGGACUCCUCCUCCUCGGCCGGAUCUGUCCCAGCGGCUGAACAGCAGGGCACGGCUCCCAAAGUCCAGCUGCCCCUCAACGUGUACCUGGCGCUAUACGCCUACAAGCCCCAGAAGAAUGACGAGCUGGAGUUGCGCAAGGGUGAGAUGUACCGUGUCCUUGAGAAGUGUCAGGACGGCUGGUUCAAGGGGACAUCCCUGAGGACUGGGCUUUCUGGAGUGUUCCCAGGAAACUACGUGACACCUGCCUCCAGGGCUCCCUUAGGAGGGGCAGGGCCACCCCGGAAUAAUGUGGUUGGAGGGUCUCCACUGGCCAAAGGAAUGGCCACAACCAUCCACCCAGGCGGUGGAAGUCUGAGCAGCCCUGCCACUGCCACGAGGCCCGCCCUUCCCCUCACCACACCCCAGGCCCAGGCCCAGGCAGCCUCCCCUCCGAUGGGCAGUUGUCUGCGGCACUCGGCCCAGCCGGUGGCCAGCCAAGCCCGGAGCACUGUCCCCACAGCUGCCCACUCCUCAGCUCAGGCUCAGGACCGACCGACUGCCACCGUAUCGCCCCUGCGCACCCAGAACUCCCCGUCCCGCCUGCCCACCAGCAGCCUCAGGCCUCACUCCGUGGCGUCCCCGCCGCACAUGCACCAGCCCCUGAUGCAGGCAGUCACUGGUGUCCAGUGCCCCCGGCCAGUCAUCCCACUCACGUCAGCAGCAUCAGCCAUCACACCUCCUAACGUCAGUGCCGCCAACCUCAACGGGGAAGCCGGAGCGGGGGCCGUCAGUGGCCUGUCAACAUCCAGCCCCACCAACACGGCAUGCAGACCAGAGGAAAAGAAAAACGAAAAGAAAGAGAAGAAGAGUGGACUACUGAAACUUCUAGCCGGGGCAUCCACCAAGAAGAAGUCUCGCUCCCCACCAUCCAUCUCUCCCACCCAUGACCCCCAGCUGGCAGUAGACGCCUCACUCCAGGGCGCAGUGGGGCCUGAGGUGUCUUCGCUGUCCAUCCAUGGCCGGGCAGGGUCCUGCCCCAUAGAGAGCGAGAUGCAGGGGGCAAUGGGGAUGGAGCCACUGCACAGAAAGGCGGGCUCCUUGGAUCUGAACUUCUCCUCAUCCCCUUCCAAGCAAGCCCUUCUCUCCAUGGCUGCCAUCCGCCCUGAGCCCAAGCCGUUACCCAGAGAGAGGUACCGUGUGGUGGUCUCGUACCCACCCCAGAGUGAGGCAGAGAUCGAGCUGAAGGAAGGCGACAUUGUCUUUGUGCACAAGAAGCGUGAGGACGGCUGGUACAAGGGGACCCUGCAGAGGAAUGGCCGCACGGGCCUCUUCCCGGGCAGCUUCGUCGAGAGCUUCUGAGGACAUGCUCUCCCCACCAUGCCCACCAGGGAGGAAGGCCUCCCUCCCGGGUAACCCCAAGGCACAAGGAGACACCAUGACACCCGAUGGUCCCAGGUCCUUUCCAAGGCCCCUGGCAGGAGACACCGUAGCCUGGGAUGUGGAGGUCAUGCCUUCACCCACAACCUCUAACCAAGAGCGCACCCUGGGGUUGUUCUCCAACAAGAUGCCUACUCCCCCUGUGUGAACUGUAAAGAAACAUCGUUAAAAAAAGAGAGGAAGAUGCUGAUGGGGGUUGAUUUGCUGCUGUGACUUGCUGCCGAGUUGCAGCCACUCUUGUCUGCCGCCUGUGCGAGGCUGGAAGUUGCAGAAGGGCUGCAGGGGCUCGGGUGGGUGGGCGUGGGGCCCAGAGCAUUUGCAGAAUGUCUUUACAGGCUGUCUGGGCUGCACAUGGGGGUCCAAAUUGCUCCAUCACCUCUCUAUAUACCUCAGUCACCUGCCACCUGGCCACUCAGCAAGGGUGUUCCUGGCCCAGGGCCUUCCCCGGGGCGCGAGCAUCCCCGGGCAGGCCCGUCACGCAGCUCCUGUUGGGGCUCAGGCAGCUCCAUUUGGCUUUGUCUCCUGCCGGUAUUACGAGCAACACUUUUUGUUUGCCACCACUGUCCCUUUGCAUCACUUCUUUCUUACAACAUCUUUUUAAUGUAAAGCUGUUAGACUAUAUAUAUUUCUAAUAGGGUCAUACAUUGCCUAUUUUUCAUACAUCUGGUGCUGCCUUUUUGUAAUGACUUGGUUGAACUUGAAAGAAAAAAUGUCUGAGGAGACAUCAAACGGGCAGGAUUUUUAUAUUUACCAUAUGAAUUUAGGAGAACUCUGAAAAGCCCGUGUCCUCAGCAUUACGAUGUUGGCUGCUGCUCCACGGGCUAAGAGGGAAUCCAUUUAGGGGGUUGGAGGGAGUUUGGAAAAAAAACAUUUCUUUAAACCCUUACCAGAGCCACGUGCUCUGUCUAGACAGUGAUAAUUAUUAUUCAAGAACUGGAAACAUUUUGAGGAAAGGUCACUAUAAUUGCCUUUUGGGUGGCAGUAAAAAGGACAAGAAGGUUGACCCCAGCCUAAGAAGGUGGAAUUUCCCUUUUAUUGCUUUAGAGAGAAUGACUACAAUUAGCAACAUCAAAAUAUGAUUUCUCAGUAUUGCAACGUGCAGUUUUUACCCCAGGGCAGGUGUGAACCGUCACAGUUUACAAAAUCUUGUGAAGGUUUUGCCUCAGUUUUUAAAAAAAUAAAUACCUGCACCCCUAUCAGGCAGUGCACACCUUGGUCUAGAGACUAGAGGUAGAAUGAGGACAGCAGGGCAUUGAGUCCUCUCUGCAGACUUGCAGGCUUGGAGGAGCUGGGACAGCAGACAGAGAGGAGAACGGGGAGGCUCUGAUAUUGGGAUCCUCCCCGAGGUGGGGUCCAAGAAAUGUAUGAUGCGUCCAACAGCUCACUUCCCACAGACACUGCCUACAGGGACCCUGUCAUAAGUCAGUCUUACUCUCAAGAGACUCACACCUUAGGAAUACAUGCUUAUGUGUUCAAAGUCACAAUUCGUAAGCCCUCUCUCUAUAUAUUUUUACAAAACCACUCAGGUUUAAAUUAGGCUGAAUAAAUUAGCCUUUGGUAACAUAAGAUCUAUCUCCCUGAUUUUUAGGGAUGCAGAUGCAACGAAAUCCAGAUUCUCAUUCCCUCGCCAGGCAUGAUGCCUUUGAAGUAUGAAGACUUAUUUUCAGAGUUCCUAUUUUGGGAUGUGACUUGGCUACUUGUUCCUACCAGGUGGCUACCACGCUGGUGGGAUCACGCCUAGAGAAAGGCUCAUUUCCUCUCUCCAAAUGACAAUAGAUUUAAUAGACUUGAGAAAUUUGUUCUGAAUCAAAGAAAAAAAAAAACUCCAGUUUAAGCAUAGGGAGCCCUGUGCACGGAGUUAAUGACAACCAGAAGGUAUCCAUUUGCCAGCGAUUGCCAGAUUGUCUAUGAUGCACAAAAAUCAUGUGUGUUUAAAAUCGUGUCAUCACCAAAAACAUACAUGGAUUAACACACUGAGUGAGACACAUGUUCUUCUCUGAAACCAGAACUCAGAUUCCCAGAUAAUAAGGGAAACCUUUUUUUUUCUUUUUCAACGAAGGCAGUUACCAAGCAACAGAAUAGACUAACUUGGACCUUCUUUCCUCUCAGGGCCACCGCCCACGUGAUGCAUGGUAGGUAGGAAUUACUGAACAGCCCAGUGACGGUGGGUGAGGUGGCAGCCUACCGGGGCUCAGCACCCCUCCUAGCAGAGCCAGGCCAAGCGUCCAGUGUCUUUGCAAGGCAUCAGCUGGCUCCUCUCGUGGCAGAGUCAGGGGCAGCCAUUGGUACUGCCUUGGGAAGGAGAGCCAUGCCGUAGGCCCAGCCAGCCAGAAAUCCUCUCAGGAGGGGCUCCCAGAGCAAAUGCUGGGCAACCAGAGAGCAGGGAGGUACAUAGUAGGCCCCGUGCUUUGGACUGAGUGUUUCCAAACACGCUCAGUCAAACCCAUCAACCUUCAUGAACAUUUAGCCCACAGACAAGAGUAGGAGCAGAAUUAGACCCUUCCUUUGGGGCUUCUUGCCUCGAAGGACAUACUCAUUUUGGUUGCUAAGGUGAAACAACACCUUGUCUGAAACCCUCACGUUCUGUCCUGGCCCAGGGACUUAUACACCUUGGGUGUACAGUGGCACUUGACAGCCAAGGUGACUUGAUUUGAGGAGCACAGUAGAGUCCACAGCCACCACUGAGUGAGGUCAGUGGACACCAAGAUGACAGGGACAUCUGGGCCACCAGAGGACCAUGGGAAAGAAGUGGGGAGACAGAGCCAGGCAAGAUCUUCCCCCACUCCAGUGCCCCAAAUAAGCUCAGUGGCCUGGCUGGGAAUUUCUUUAUACUUUGCACAGUACACACACACAUACACACACACCCCAAUGUUUUUGUUAUACACAAAUGUCAGUGUGUGAUUUUGGAAGAAUUGCCAGUGAUGACAAAUUAUGAUGCCUGUGUUUCCAAGUCUUUAAAUAAAAAUGAAC